AUGGAGUCAAAGCCGGUAAGAAAUCCAGCCAGUGCCCCGGGCCGAGCACGACAGAAGCGGUGGGUGGCACGAGUGAAAACCGGCUGUGUGACUUGCAGGAUCCGCAGAAUCAAAUGCGAUGAGGGGAGACCGAGUUGUCGGAAUUGCCGCUCGACCGGUCGGUUUUGUGAUGGGUACAAUGAUGACUCUAUACCCAAGGAGUCUGACUGGCUGGUCACGUCGAGGCUGCCGUCCACCUGGGAUUUUGUGACUUUGGAUCCCGUGGAGAAAGAGAACUUUGAUUUCUUCCGUUCCAUCACCACAUCGACCCUGGCCGGAUACUUCGACUUUGGGUUUUGGUCGUACCGACUCUUGCAGGAUUCGCAUCGCUACCCGGCCCUUUGGCACGGGAUGACUGCUCUUGCGGCCGUUCAUCGCGAGUAUGUCGAUCCCAGUAAAUCCCUGACCCGACCCAGGAUGGGAGACACCCGGAAUGUCCAGUUUGCGCUGAAACAGUUCAAUAAAUCGAUUCAAUCCCUGAUGAGUCAGUUUUCCGGACACUCGUUGACGAUUAACGACAAGAUCGCGGUGCUGUCUACCUGCGUGUUAUAUAUCUGUAUCUCGUCCCUGCAAGGCCGUCAGCCACAGGCAUUCAUGCACCUGCUUAACGGGUUAAAGUUGUUCCACCAAUGGGGGCUACAGUCCAGCCACACGAGGUCACCCGAGGAUUGGCUUGGAGCUGAGAUGCUGUUGCUCAUUUUCACAAGACUUGAUUCUCAGGUCCGUCCGUACCUAGUCAUGCAGGACAUGUCCUCUAGUUGGACAGAAACCCAACUGGUCGUGUCCAGUGAACGUCCAUUUGCCACGCUUCUCGAUGCGUACAUUUCCUUGGAGGCUUUAUUCAACGAUGUGAUGCGCUUCUACCUGAGUUACUAUCCGAACAAGGCUGCCAACGCGGAUCCGAUUCCAUCUGGCGAGAAGGAGAUGUACCUCCAUCAGUUGCAAGAAUGGGAUGCCAAGCAAACCGCUCUGCUUAUCAGAAGCCCGGAAUACCUGGAGGAAAGGGCCACGGAUCUGCUGAAUGUCCGACGGAAAUUCAUCCAAGUCCUUCUGGAUUUGGAUCAGAGUGAGGGGGAAUUAGGCCACGACGUGUUACUGUCGCAGUACACGGUCAUGGUUGAUAUUGUGGCCCGGAUAUUGGAGGGCACUGGAGGUAACCAAUCGCUGAAGCAGCACCAUCCCAAAUUCAGCCUGGAGACGGGAAUCGUGGAACCUCUGUUCUUGGUAGGUACUCGAUGUCGGGAGCCAGUUCUCCGACGAAAAGCCCUUGAUCUCAUGCGACGGUAUCCCCGUCGAGAGGGAAUCUGCGAGGGCAUGUUAGCUUCAUACAUUGUGGAAAAGGUGAUCGAGAUCGAGGAGAAUGGCUGUCACCAAGCGAAUGCAAAGCCGUCGACGAGUACAUGCACUGAGGGGCAAUGGAUCUGUAAAGCGCACCGGGUGGCGACGUGGGAUUUUAUUCUGGCUACGGAGCGUCAGGUUCGGGUGGUGAUGAAGACGGUGGAGGAUUGGGAGCUGUCGCGUCCGGGGUCUGAGGUGGUCGCAUCUUGGUGGUGAGCAUGGUACUCGGGUCGCUUGUCGUGAUAAGCAAAUACAGUCUUCUUAACGAAC